AUGGAGGGUACUGAAUUGGGAGCAGAGCAAAAACAGCUUCUGCAUACUAGUGCCCAGUGCCAAUACAAACUCAACAAAAUACUGGAUGACUCGGAUCUUGAUACCAUCAUUGACGGUGAUAAGAAUAGAGGGUAUAAAGACUGCAAAAGAAAGGGGAGUAGUUCUUGUUUAUUUGUUCAUUCUGACUGUGCUACUUGGACUUGGAAAUGGUUGAGUUCACUUUGCAUGAAUUGCCUCAGUCAAGUCAUGAUUAAGAGCAACGCCAGGAGUAUCCGGAUUGUCCAUGAUGUAGCAGAAGAGAUCAUGAAUGGGACCUUAUAUGGCGGUAGUCUUGGGCUUCAACAAGUGUUAGCUGAUUUCUUAGCCGUAUCAAUUAAUGUUAUGCCAAACGGAGGCCAGCUUACUAUUGCAGCCAAUUUGAGGAGCAAGAGUGGUCAACUGAGGAGCAGUGGCGGACGGAUGCACAUAAGAGCAAGAGUGGUCAAGUGA